GUCAAUGAAUCGUUGGGACUUUAACGCUAAUAGUAUCUUCAAUUCUUAACUGUGAGAAUAACGAAUUAAAUUUUCUGCUAGUUUCGUGCGUGCGACUAAAAUUUAUAGGAAUUUAAAUAUUAGAAAUGACAUAUUUCACGAGAACGUUUGUAAUUUCUGUAACUGUACUGAUAAUGAUCAGUUUAUCGCUAACGACUUGCCAGAAUAAUGAGUAUCUUCCACCAACACAACUCAACAAUGAGUAUCUUCCAUCAUCACAGACCGGCAGAUAUGAACAACAGAACGAGUCUUAUCCCAAAGAUAUUGAAGGAGAGACUUAUCCUGCUUAUCUGCUCGCGCUUAUGUCAUAACUGUACCGAAUAGACCGAAAUGUCCGAAUGAACAACGAAUGGAUAAACACGGAAAGUGUCGACCGGUGAUAUAGUCAUUCAUUAAGUUUGAAUAUACACAAGUAGACCUCAUGGUGUUCAAUAUUGGCGAUUGAAGGCUUAUUGGUGCAUUUGUUUGCACUAAUAAUAAAUAAAAUACAUAAAAAGCAGUAAUUAUUGGAUAUUAGAUAUUAUACAUAUAACCAUGGAAAUAGAAUAUAUAAUCAUGGCUGAGGAAUUCGUUAACAUCUGGUCUUUAUAAGUGUUGGGGGAAGUUCUAUUAGGACAGAAAUUUUUAUUUUAUCUAAAUGUAUGUAAUAUGUACAUUGCGUCUUUUAUUAUAAAGACAUAUAUUACAAUUAAAUGAUAAGAUACUGAUAAUUGAACUUUUAGAAUUUGUAUAGACAUAUUGAAGAUUGUAAAAGAAUUAUACUUUAAUUGAAAUAAAAAUUUUGCAG